UCUAAGUCUAAGUCCAGCACCUGUGAAACAGAUAAAAGGAGAUAUAAGGGGUCUGAAUUUAUUCCAUCUAGUCAUGUCCUUGCUUUUGCAGAAUUAGUCACGAGGGUUUCUGGUUGUGAAUUUUCCUUUGAACCACUUCAUUGUUUGCCAAAAUGAGUAAUUACUCCAGAAGUCUCACUUUCAUCAAGCAUGCUGCUGGCAUCCAGCUCGUGGCAUAGAAACUCUCGUUGAGUUUUGGCUAGCAUCGGAGCACCACAAAUUUGGAGUAUCAGUUUCAAUCAGAUCCAAUCUUCCACAGGUUUUGUAGCGGUGAAAAUGAUGUGCCCUCUAGUCAUCAAUCAUGGCUUGCCGGACAAUUCUCCAUCGAGUUAUGACAAUUGGGUGAUUUUGCCCAUUGAAAUCCAUGAAAAAUAUGAAAAUCCCUUCACAAGCAACACAUGUCCUUCCGGGAUUUCUUAGCUCGGCAUGACACAGGUGGAGCAGGAAAGAAUCCUGGGGAUCCUGAACAGGCAUCCUGUCGAACGGACCAACUUCUGGAAGCUGGUGGAGGAGCACUUGGACAAGUUGGCGGCCCCACGGGUGAUUCACCACAAGCUUUUCUCGGACUUCAGCGCGCAGUUUCGGACGCUGAUCGGCGUCAACUGCGAAAGGCGUCUCUACUUUCCUCGGGAGACGAUCGUGCGGGAAGGGACUACGGGUGACCGGAUGUACAUCAUGAACCUGGGCAGUGCUAGCGUGAAGGUGGCCAAGCAGAGCGUCAUGCAGAUCCGCGGAGGGUCUCAUUUCGGCUUCAACAUGAUUUGCUCUGACAAGGAGAAAUACACCAUGACCAUCACAACUGACACCAUGUGUCAGGUGCUGAUCAUCACUAGGUCAAGCUAUCAGCAUGCACUCAGCAAGUACCCGGAGAUGAAGGAGGUCGCACUUCAUCUGGAGGCCUCGGAACGCUCGCGGCAACGGAAGCAGUUUGCGGGCUUCAUGAAACUGGUGCACCGAAGAAGAGGCCUGCGCUACUUGCUGGAGGCCAUGCGUGAUGGGAUGCUCUCUGAAGCCAAGAACAGCGCGCAGAUGAACGACAGCAACAAGAGCACCUUGCAGACCGUCAUCAAAGGCUGGCGACAAGAAGUGGCAAAGUCUGCAGAAUUGCGGCAAGGUGAUGAACAGCUGCGGCAGUUCAACGAUGCACAGAUCUACAACUGGUUGCAGAAGAGGAAGCUACGUAUCGAGCAGGUGAAACCGGACCGCGAGAGGUCCCGGUGGAUGAUCGACACCUUAUCCAACCGAGGUCCCCCGGGGCCAAAGCCAAAGUUGGAGCCGAUCCACUCCAACGCCAAUGCGCGUGCUGCGGCACGAAUGCAGGAAAUCCGAGAUUGGUCACCCUACAUGACACCAGCCCCUGUGUGGAGGCGUCGGCCGCAGUCGCCCAGGACGGAGCGUGGUCCUAGCCGAGCACGCGGCCAUCGUUCAGAGGAGGCGUCUCCUCGAUUGCCGCCGGUGAAGAAUUGACCAGCGAACCGGAGCUCACCACGAUAGGUCACCCUGAAAAUCCUG